AUGCGCCAUUCCUCUACCUGGAUCGUCCCUUUGCUUGGGAGUGAAGCUAUCAUCUCGGACCCUUGGGUGUGUUGGGAUAUGACUUUCAGCAUCCACAUCGGAGCCAACGCGCCCACGGACCCGCCGGUGCUGAAGGUGGGUGCUGGGUGUCAGCCGGGGGCCAAAUGCACGCUCUGCGGCUGCUGCGGCCGCCGGGAAGCGUACCUAGAGGUCAACGACCCCAAGAACGACAACAAGACAGUGGCCUUGUCAGAUUUGUGGGGGCAUGUUGUUGGUUCGCAUCCUUGUCGGUCGUGUGUUGUUUUUGGUAGUUUGUGCAGAUGUCGUUGA